CAAAUUGACCCGGAGAGAAACGACGCCGUAUAUGCAUUCCCCAUCUCCUUUCUUCUUCGCGAAAACCUCUCUCGCGUAUCAGAAACCCUUGCAAGGUGAGAACGAGCGUUCGUCGAGUGGAGAAGAGUAGGAACAAUGUCUUCGACGCUGCUGGAGGUCACACGUGCGUCGCACGAGGAAGUGGAGCGGCUUGAGCGGUUGGUUGUAAAGGAUCUGCAGACGGAGCCGCCGACCAACAAGGACCGGCUUUACCAGAGCCACCGCGUUCGUAAUAUGAUCGAGCAAAUCGUGUCCACUACUCAUAAACUGAUCGAUAUUUACGAAGAUGAAGACAAUGCGAGGAAGGAUGAGAUUGCCGCCCUCGGUGGACAGAGCUCGACAUCGGCUAAUGUUAACGUUUUUAGUGCAUUUUACGAUAGGUUGAAAGAGAUUCGUGACUACCACCGAAGGCAUCCUGCAGCACGGUAUGUUGACCCAAAUGAUGAGUACGAGGAGCUUCUCAAAGAGGAACCUAUCAUUGAGUUCACUGGGGAGGAAGCAUUUGGACGGUACCUUGAUUUACAUGAGCUAUACAAUGAGUACAUAAACUCCAAAUUUGGUCAGCAAAUUGAGUACACUGCUUAUCUUGAUGUGUUUUCGGAUCCUGGAAGAAUACCUCAGAAAUUGAAGUUGACGAGGCAAUAUCGGGAAUAUAUGCAGAAACUUCUGGAAUAUCUUGUAUACUUUUUUGAGCGGACAGAACCUUUGCAAGACCUUGAAAGGAUAUUUUCAAAGGUAAUUACUGAAUUUGAAGAGCAAUGGAAGAGUGGACUUGUAGAAGGAUGGGAGAAUGAGAGUCAUGAAAAUUCUACUGCACAGUCACAGGAUUCCAGGAUAGAUCUUGAUUAUUAUAGUACUGUUGAAGAGCUGAUGGAAGUAGGACCUGAGAAAUUAAAGGAGGCAUUGGCUGCGCUUGGCUUGAAGACUGGUGGCACAGUAAGACAGCGUGCAGAGAGGCUUUUUCUUACAAAGAAUACCCCUCUUGAAAAAUUGGAUAAAAAACAUUUUGCAAAAAAUUCACGUCGACCUGAACAAAAUGGUGGCGCUGUGGCUAUUCAACCCAGUGAAGAUGCAAAAGAGAUUGCCUUGAUGGAAGCAAAAAUAAAGAAGUUGUGUGAAUUGUUGAGCGAGACUAUAGUACGGACCAAAGAAAAUGUUGAGAAGAAACAUGCCCUAACUUAUGAUGAGAUUGUACAAGAACGUGAAGAGGAUGAGGUGGAACCUGAGCCUGAGAGUGAUGACGAAGAUCAGCAGAUUUACAAUCCCUUAAAAUUACCAAUGGGUUGGGAUGGAAAGCCUAUACCGUACUGGUUGUACAAGCUUCAUGGGCUUGGUCAGGAGUUCAAAUGUGAGAUAUGUGGGAAUCACAGUUAUUGGGGCCGCAGAGCAUAUGAGCGCCACUUCAAGGAAUGGAGGCAUCAGCACGGGAUGCGCUGUCUUGGAAUUCCAAACACCAAAAAUUUCAACGAAAUUACAUCUAUAGAGGAAGCAAAACAACUUUGGGAGAGAAUCCAAGAAAAGCAAGGUCUGAACAAGUGGCGCCCCGAUCUGGAAGAAGAAUACGAAGACCAAGAGGGCAACAUUUAUAACAAGAAGACAUUCACCGAUCUACAACGUCAAGGAUUGAUCUAAAAGAAACUAUUCUUGAUCCUGACCUGACUUGACUUCACAGAACAAAGGCCUGUUAGUUCUUGGGCAACGGACAGGCAAGGCCAGGCGAUAUUGCAGCAGCAGCAGCUUGAAUCUUGGAUCUGUUUGAUGUGAUGUGACGGUGUGCGAGGUGAGCGCGGUAUGUAUUCCGAUCAGACAGAUUAAGUCCAUCUAAAGAUUAGAAGCACAAUUAUUAUUUGCACAUAAAAAGAAUGGUUUGUCUUUGCUACCACCAAUUUGUUGCUGCUAUAAACACUAAUGCAUCAUCACACACAUUUCGAAUGGUACUGUAAUAGUCUUCUUCCUCUUCUUCUGUGGCCAAGUAGGAUUGACUGACUAACUUUCCAUUUUGUUGGUCUGAUGAUAUUAUUAUAAUAGUUGUGUAUUACAUUACAUUACAGCUUGUAUGAAGGCGGUGUUGAGGUAUGAUAGAUAUGGAGCCGAGCUUUAUACGUCAA